CAUUGGCGCGCUUUGAUUCUUUUCUCGUCUUCAAGUCACAUACAAUUACAUCUUUACAGAAACAAGACAAAGAUCCUUUCCAAAUUGAACAGCCACACUCCCCAUAGACCAAGUCCCAGAGACUGUCGAAACCGCCAUCAUGUCGGACCUCGACCACUUCAGCAUGCUCCCCAUCCACAUGGACCCCCAGUCCAAAGCCAUCCUCCCCUCCGGCAGCAGGCCGUCGCGCGCCCUCGCCGCCGAGCUCGACAAGCUCAACACGCUCCACCGCGCCAUCCUCAGCAUCGAAGUGCCGCCCGGCGCCAUCCCGCUGGUGCCCCCUCCUCCGAUCCCCGUCAACCCCAAGCGCACCGCCAACGUCUCCAAGCUGCGCGACAACGGCAACGCAGAGUACCGCAAGCAAAAGUACGCCGAGGCGAUCAAGCUGUACACGCAAGGGAUCGAGGCCGCGCUGCAGAGGCCGCUGUGGGAGCCUGCCGCGCUGGUGAGGGAGGAGGUGUCGAUGCUGUAUGCGAAUCGCGCGCAGGCGCACAUGGGCAUGAGCAAUUGGCCCGAGGGCGCGGUGGAUGCCGAGGCGAGCGUCGAGGCGAGGCGGGUGGGCAAUGCAAAGGGCUGGUGGAGGAGGGGCAGGUGCUUGACGGAGAUGGGGAGGCUGGAUGAGGCGCGGGAGUGGGUGAAGCGGGCGUUGGAGAUGGAGGGCGAGGAGGCGGAUCUGAUGACGCUGUUGAAGGAUAUUGAGGAGAGGAUUGAAAAGGUGCGGGCUGCUUAGGGGGUGUUUGAGUGUGUACGUUUAGGGGCUUUGGAAGCACAAUGGCGUUUGGAGUUUUGAUUUGGGCAGUUUGCGAUGCUGUAUUGAUGUGCGGCAUUCCUUGCGAUGUUAGCUGGGCUGCUUUGUCUUGCUUAUAGAGGACAUAUACACAAUAAACAAGCUUAUCCCAUG